AUGGUUUUUCUCACGGCCAGCAAAAGAAUCACCAGUCUGAUUGGAUCUCCACUAUUGAGACUUGGCCUGGCAGCUCGCAAUAGCAAACUUUUCUCGCCGUUGGUUGGUGGAGAAGGCUCAUCAUCAUCCUCAUCAUCAUCAUCAUCAUCAUUGCAAUCAAUAAGUCUUCAACAAAAGCAGCUUGAUACGCCGUAUUUGGACAUGGCACUGCUCAUACCAUUUGCGCAAAAGCUAUUGAGUCUUGCUCUCUAUGAUGAAUCUCAAAAACGGGUAUCUCAGCAUUAUUCUUCGACAGGAAAAGAUGGAAGCAUCCUGAAAUCACUCUAUCAGGGACAACAAAAACAAUCGUCUCCCAGCGAUGGUGAUGCUUCAGUGGCCACCGCAACCAAGGAACUUUCGAAUUUGCGGGUACAAUCGUAUGAUCACGUCAUUCGCAAAAGUUUAUUGCCAAAGGAAACUCAUUCCAAUUUGCAAAGCUGGAUGGGGCAUCUCCGAAUACUGAAAUGGGCUCGAGCCGAAUUUCUCAUUAGCAAAUAUGGUCCGAUGGUCAAGGAAGCCAUGGAUGCUUACCCGCAACUACGAGGAUCGCCUCAAUUUCAAAGGAAUCCAAAUCAGAACUUUUUUCUUCAGUUGGCUCGAGGGCGCUUGGUCUUGCCAUUUUCACAAUCCACAUCAUCAUCAUCGUCUUCGCCGUCACAAGAAGACGAAGCCGACCACGCCAACAAGACUAGUAACUCAAUGAUGCUAUUGCCGACCACCGACACCGUUGUCAAGGCGUUCGAUAUGAAGGAUUGGGCCAUUCAAAAAGAUUCACAAGGCUUGCACGAAUCCACCAAUGUCAUUCUGGACAAGCUUUCGUCAUCAUCCCAAAUCAUUGACCAACAACAAGCCACCACCACCACUACCACCACCAAUAACAGUGAUGAUACUGCUGCCAGUAUGGAAGACAUUUCGACAGAAGAGUUGUUACAUUGCCUUUCGGGUGGUCAUGUCCAAUAUUGCGGUCCCUUGAAUGCCAUUUGCGAAGAAGCCAAUCUCUAUCAACUCUGGACCAAGGAAUACGUGCAACACUUGGGAGAUUAUCUCUUGCAGGAAUAUUCCUCCAAUACCGAUAAAACUACCAUUGUAGAUAUUGGAGCUGGAGAUGGUCUACUAAUUCGCUAUUUACAAGAAUACAUGGGAGGAAAGUUAAGGAAAGGAAAUCGUCGCAAGCACAAGAAUGCUAUUACAGGUGCCGCCUUGCCUAGAAUGGUCUCGACGGAUGAUGGAAGCUGGGGGAUCUUUGCCAAGGCCAAGGUGGAAAAGCUAAAUGUUGAAGAGGCAUUAGAGAAAUACGGAAAAUUAAGUCAAGAUGAACAUUUGGUGGUGCUAUGUAGUUGGAUGCCCCAGCAAGUCGAUUGGACCGCCCAAUUUCGUGAAUCCAAAGUGGACGAGUACAUUUUGAUCGGCGAGGCAGACGAUGGGUCUUGUGGUCAUGGUUGGGAUACCUGGGGAAAUUAUACAUUUGCUCCAUCAGAGUCCGAUAUACCACCAUUCCAGCAAGAUGGGUACCAACGGUGGGACAUGGAUUCUCUGAUACCCUUUCAAUUCUCCCGGUUUGAUUCUGCCAUUUCCCGCAGUAGCAAAACUGUCAGCUUUCGGAGAAAGCGCUCGAGCACAAAGAAACAAAAGCAAUAG